CGCCGGCGACGCGAUGACGUAAAGGCGGCGACGCGGCAGCGGACGGUGUGGGGGGUUGUGAGUUGCGCCUAGCUGCUCCUCGCGAGACUUCCAGCUCAGGGCUGUGCCAGGCUUUGGUAUGGCUCAUGCUGAAGUAAAAAAACCUAAAAGACAGCUCAGCCCUGGAAAUAAGGACUUUGCUUCAUGGCGCAGAGCUUUCCGUGAAGGGUAAAGGAUAUCCCUGGAUAAUCAAAUGGGCACGGGCCAGUUGUGAAUUUUCCCAACGUCCUCCGAGCAGUUUGCAGCAUGUACCUGAGGAGCGUUGCCCGCACCCCUUACCUGCUCUGUGCUGGGAUCUGGCAGCACCUGCAGGGGUUAAUCCGGCGGAGGCAAUCUGCAUGGUGCCGCUAUAAAGCUGUGAUCUUUGAUGCCAGCGGAGUGCUCCUCCCGUCCCCUUGCAAGACAGCCACAGACUGGGAGGCCCACAAUUGUAUUCCAGCCGGCACCAUCCAGCAAGCUAUACGCUCUGGAGGGGAAAGUAGUCCCUCUCUGAAGUACACAAGAGGAGAGCUGACGACUGUGGAGUUUUUGCAGGAAUUGGGACAGCAGUGCUUUGAGAUUGCAAAUGUCCGUGUUCCAGUGGACUCUUUUCUCUCGCACUUAAUCAGAAAUGAGAUGAUGACACAGCUCCCCAUAAUGGCAGAAGCAGUACAGUGUAUCCGUGCAGAAGGUCUUAAAACAGCUCUUCUAAGCAACAACUUCUGUCUGCUGAAUGGGGAGAGCUUUCUGCCCCUAGAUGAAAAGCAUUUUGAUGUGAUGGUUGAAUCUUAUCGGGAAGGAAUGUGCAAGCCAGAUCCUCGUAUCUACAAGCUGUGCUUGGAGCGCUUGGGCGUUCAGCCCCAGGAAUCUAUCUUCCUCGACAACAGCAGCCAGAACCUAAAAGCAGCAGCCCAGCUUGGCAUUAAAACGGUGAAGGUUGAUGAUCCAGCAGGAGCACUCAAAGAGCUAGAAACUUAUCUGGGUUUUCCUUUGAAAGGGUUUGUUCCAUAUACUCGUUCAGUGAGACUGGGUGCAGAAAUUCCAAAAGACCAUCUGCAAAAGUACCUUGAAAAUGUUCUUGGUGACCAUGCAACAGGCCCACUAGUGUUACGGCAGUUUGGCCACAGACAGUCCACCCGGACCUAUUCUGUCAAGUUUGGAGGUUGCUUGCUGGUGCUGAAGAAGGAGCCCUCUGACAGCCUGCAUCCCUCAGGCCCUGCUGUCAGAAGGGAGUACAGGGUACUGAAGGCACUCUCUGAGGCUGGUGUUCCUGUUCCCACUGUACUUGCCCUCUGCGAGGACAGAAGCACCCUGGGCACACCUUUCUACCUGAUGGAGCACUGUGCUGGCCGCGUCUACAGCGAUGUCUCCCUCCCUGAGUUGCAGCCGAGCCAGAGGAGAGCUAUUUAUGCUGCCAUGAGUCAAGUCCUCUCCAAGAUCCACAGCGCAGACCUCAGAGCAGCUGAGCUGGAGGACCUUGGGGAGCACAGUAAUUACAUUCAGUGGCAAGUUGAGACCUGGACAAAGCAGUAUCGAGCUGUGGAAACUCACGUUAUCCCAGCAAUGGAGAGACUGAUUGAGUGGCUGCCUCUGCAUUUUCCUGAAUCUCAGAAGACAACAGUUGUGCAUGGUGAUUUCAGGAUGGACAACCUGGUCUUUCAUCCAGACAGGCCAGAAGUCCUUGCUGUCCUUGGCUGGAAGCUUUCAACUCUAGGAGAUCCCAUCUCUGAUUUGGCGAAUAGCUGUAUGGCCUACUUCCUGCCACCUCACUUUAAUGCACUGAGAGGCUUGAGGAAGCGUGAUUUGGGGCACCUGGGAGUCCCCACGGCAGAGGAGUAUUCCCAGAUGUACUGUGGCCACAUGGGAGUGGAACACCCUGAGAACUGGAAUUUCUACAUGGCCUUUGCCUUUUUCCGACUGGCUGCAACGCUGCAGGGACUCUACAAACACUCUCUGGCAGGGAGACUAGCCCCAGGUGAAAGCAGCCCAGAGGAUGCAGAGUUCGUGGCUGACCUGGCUUGGGAGUUCGCCAUAAAGGAAGGAUUCCGUGUGUUUGACAGCCUCCCCACCACAAAGCUUCUCGCACGACGUUACAGUACCUGGGCCAGGCAAGGGCCGUUCCUCAGCAGGAGCUAUGGAACCUGCCUGUGUCCUGGGGCUCUGGCUGUGCCCAAAGUCCCCCCAGUCACUCCCCCCAGCAACCAGCUGGGGAUGGCCUAGGGUCUUUACUGCAAGCUGGAAAACAUCAUGGGCAUCCAGUGGGGUUCUCUGAUUUCCCAGUCUGAAUGGACUCUACAUCCUCUGGUAGAACUGAAGGUUGUUUUGCUGCAUCUGCAUCAGGGCGGGGGGUCGUGGCAUGCCUCUGAGUGCCCUUGCUUUCCUGAUCACAUCAGAUAUUUGGCAUUCAUAGAGUCUGGUGGCUUGGAGAAAGAGGGCUGGGUUCCCAUUACCCGCUACAUGAGAGUAGCAGAGUUUAUAUUCUGGGCUACAGCAGUUUCAGAAGCUGGCACACCCAAGAUGAGCACAUUAAUGCCAGCCCAGCUGUAAUCACUGGUGCCACUCCACCAAGGUCCUGCCAUCAAUGUUAAUAAGGUCCCCAGAGCUUGGCUGGGCUUGGGCUUUUCCACACCUGCCAGUCCAGCGCUUGCUCGUUCCCUUCCCCUGUCAGGGGGAAGCGUUGCUGCUGCUACCUGGGAAAGGCUAAGUUAAAUCUCUUUGUAAGAGUCCCUACCAGUGCUUCCUUGGGAGGUCGCUCAUGCAGGGCAGGGAGCUGCUCACAUCUCCACAGCUUCAUUUCCUCCUUGUGGUCUCUUAUCCUCCUCUCCCUGGCAAGGGCUGUCCCUGCCAGCAGCUGCCUGCCCAGUAAUAAGCCAGCAGCGAUCGGCAGUGCAGGCUCUGGCAUGCCACUUGGACUUUGGCCUUGCCACUGUCCUGGGCUCUCCUGUGCAGAGCAGAUGCUGCUGCAGGCCUGAACUCUCAAAAUGAAGGGACACUGGUCAUUCCCAGUAUGGUGGUGAGGAAGCAGAAACCAGCUACCAAAGUGACUUGCCCAUGGUCAUGUGGUGGAUCAGUGGCAGAGGUGGGAGUAGCAGCAGCUCUCAAACUGUAGAGUUUUAAUUCCACAUCUCCUUCUGCCAGUGCAAGUCAUGUCAAUACGCAGGUAUCAGGACAUGCGAGUCCCCUGCCCAGGCUCUGCAAACUGUCUGGUUUCUCUGUGCUUCCUACUUCCCAGUGCUGCUGGUGGCCAGUGUGGCUCAGUGAGCUCCUGGCUCUGGGCUGGCUGGUGUUGCAACAGGUUUGCUGGGAGUGGUGUCAUAAGUAAUCAUUCAGAAGGCUGUAUCAUGAAAGCAAACAUCACUGUCCUUGGGUUGCUAAUGAGAUUAUAUUCUUAAUGUAUUCUAGUGACAUUA